ACAUGAUGUCUCAGUACAUAACACUGGUAUGAGCAAAAGGGAGGGGCUGCUGCAAACACACACACACACACACACACACACACACUGAUAGAAUGAAUGCAAAGAGCCAAAAGAACACUUCCUGUUGAUGCAAAAAUUGCAGCAGCAACUGUCUGACACAUCUGGACUGGAGAGGGGGGGGAGGCCUGGCUGUAGUGUUAGCGAACCACUGAGGGGGAAUGGACAACGUUUUAUGCUAAUCUGGAAGACGGCUGUCGGCAAACUGGAGAAACAUAUCCAAGAAAUGGACGACGGCAGCUACAUCGAGUUUGAUGUGCCGGAGUUCAGUAACACUGUCCUGACCCAGCUCAACGAGCUGCGGCUGCAAGGGAAGUUGUGUGACAUCAUUGUUCACAUUCAGGGCCAGCCAUUUCGAGCCCACAAGGCUGUGCUGGCAGCGAGUUCACCCUACUUUCGUGACCACUCAGCCCUCAGCACCAUGAGUGGCCUUUCCAUCUCGGUCAUCAAAAGCCCUGAGGUGUUUGAGCAGCUUCUUGCAUUCUGCUACACAGGUCACAUGUCCCUGCAGCUCAAGGAUAUCAUCAGUUUCCUCACUGCUGCCAGCUUUCUGCAGAUGCAGGCCAUCAUUGACAAGUGUACCCAAAUCCUGGAGAGCAUCCACUCCAAGAUCAGCAUCCCAGUUAGUGUCUGCAGCCCAGAGAAGGACGACUCGCAGGCCAGCCACAAUGGGGUCAAUGACAGCAACCUCUUUGUAAACCCUACCCAGAUCUCCCCCCCUUACUACUCCCGGCAGAGUCAGGCAGGACACGAAGCGCGCUUCGAGCUGGCAGGAAAAGGCCUGGGCCGGGGGCGACAGCAGCAAGAGGAAGGCCAGUCGGACAGAGGCAGCAGUGAUAGCGUGUCAGAGCAUGACGCUCCCAUGGAGGGAGAAACGGAGCAAGUGGAACUAAUUGGAAAAGAUGGGCAAGUAACAGAUGUGCAUGUGAAGAUAGAGAAGACCGACAGGCCCACUUACUCAGAUAGUUCCUCAGCCGGUGAUGAUGGCUACCACACAGAGCUGGUAGAUGGAGAACAGGUACUGGCUGUCAGUGUGGGUUCUUAUGGUCCCGUCAUCCAGCCUGCUACCUAUUCUUACUCAGGGCUGUCCUCCUCGUGCUUUGUCAACCUUAGCAACUCCAGUCCUUCCCGCUCCAUACUCAGUGGCUUCAGAGGUGGGCGAGCCAGGGCAAAGCGCCCCCUGGCCAUCCCAGCAGGGGUGCUGAGUCAUAUCAAGCCAGGCUCCGAUGACAGUGAAUCAGCUGUGGGACCCACAGGGUUGGAGAACGACGUGCGAGAGCGCAGCCUGCGGAGCCAGUGGUACCCCUACAAUGAGAGACUCAUUUGCAUCUACUGUGGAAAGACCUUCAAUCAGAAAGGGAGCCUGGAUCGCCACAUGCGCCUGCACAUGGGAAUCACCCCAUUUGUUUGUAAAUUCUGUGGCAAGAAGUACACAAGGAAAGACCAGCUGGAGUACCACAUCCGUGGCCACACGGACAACAAGCCCUUCCACUGUCAGAUCUGUGGCAAAUGCUUCCCAUUUCAGGGCACCCUUAACCAGCACCUGAGGAAGAAGCACUUGGGAGCAUCAGAGGGCAGUAAUCAUAUGGAUUCUCCAGAGAGGACGGAGGGAAGCUCAGGUCAGAAGGACCAAGAGGAUACGUCUGAGGGGAUGGCGUUUGAGGCGCAAUAUGCAGAAGAGGCACCAGCCAAUGAUAUGGAGGAGAGUUCGAAAUGCAGUCCAGAGGAGGCUCAAGCAUCAAGAUGUGAUUUUUAGGUCCUGCUUCAGGUUAAGGAAGCUUUAAGAAAUGUUUAUUUUAACUCAACUUAAAGGACUCUUUUUUUUCUUUUUGAAUCAGCUCCCUCCACUAUGGACAUUUCUUGAGUCAAGGGUUUCUGUCAAUUUUGUGAAAGUUAGAUGUUGAAUGCAGAGAGCAAAUGGGUGCUUUAUAGAAAUUUGAUUCUUUCAAGCAAAGGGAGUAACAACUUACUAUUUUUGAGGAGGUCACAAUAAUCAAGACCCCCUAAUUGAUUUCUCUUUUUAUCUUUCCAUGUUUUUUAAAACAUAUUUACAGAGUUAUAUAGGCAUGUUGCAAUAAUUGAUAAUGUGAAAGCUCUGGUAAGAUGCUAGUCAUAUCACCUUUUUACCUGACCUGUUUUUGCACAUGUGGCCACAAGAGGUCACUUACUCACAAGGAAUGAUUUUUCUGCCAGUGCAAAGCUUCGUGUGACAUAUCCGUUCAAUACCUCAUGAUGCAACUACAUACUCAUACAGACAGUAUUUUAACUUAAAUGAAAACUCACCAGGUUCUACCUCAUAGCCAAGAACCUACCAGGCACAGACAUGUUCACCGUUUUGAAAUCCAUUUUAGGUUUUAUCUUAUUGCCAAACCCUGUAAAGAAUAUUCUCUCAACACAAAGCCUUGAUACUUAGGGGAAAUAUUCCUUGCUGAUUGUAUGGAUUAGGGACAAAGUCCUCGUCAAAUGUUUCACGGUCAGCCAGGUUAACUUGAUGAUUAAGAAGGUGCUAUGUUAGGAGUGCAUUAAAUUUGCUAGCUUUCUUCUGUGUUUGUUUUCGGCGAGAGAGAGAGAGAACUAAGAAAACGACCCCGUAUAUGUUCAAGAUAAGAUUUUACCGUCUUAUGACGUUUGUUCUACAAAACACUUUUUGUCUCAUCACUACUGGAGAUCUCACUCUGUUAGCCAAUGCGUGAUUUUAGAUGCUGUCAUCCAUGUAAUGGGUGAAUUACGUCCAUACAGUGAAGUCAUUUGUAUUCCUCUAUACUCUGAUUGCAGACUUAUACUGAAUUUAUUGUAUGUGUAAAUUGUUUUGUCCUGAGGUAGGCUCCUAGGUUAAUACUCAAACAGAGACAGGAGUACUCAUUGUCAGCUCAGCACAGUAGGAACAGCUCUGGGUCUGUUCACAUAAAUCUACAUAGUAUACUAGUCUGAAUAAUAUGCAAACAGAAAGAACAAAGGAAUCUCAGCCAUUUUGACAUGGUUUUUCUUCCAUUAUUUAAAAGAGCUAUUGGUUUGUUUCCUUUAUUCACUCUGUCCUACCCUUUAUGAUGGGAUGAUUGAUCUGUGAUCUUUGUUCUCUGCAUUGCUUGGGGUCAAAUGCAGACUUGGAACACGUUUUCCUCAUUUGUCAACCCUGCUUUAUGGCUUUGACACAUGCAGCAUAGCUAGAUUAAGGCUAAGUGGUGAUCCAAAGUAUUGAUGCACUUUGCAGAGUUAGUGGGUGGGAUGUGUGCGGUCCCAUUGAUAAAAUGUGCUCAUUUCUGUCUUAAUUCUGCAGCAGCAGCAGAGUAGUACUUGCUUCACAGCAGUGAUUUUUUUACUCUGAGUAAACAUGUUGUGAACUUUGUCGAGGCUCUGCAAUCACAUGAAUACUAUUGGCUACAAGCCAUGCAUAUGGCUACAUUUUAUUUUAUCUAUACUGUUUGAACAAUGGGAAUCGGGGAUGGGGGUGUUGUUAGUAUAUAGGGACUUGGGUUAAUUUCCAUUGUGACUUAAAUAAUCUGCAUUCACAGUAAAUACGUAAAAGGCACUUAGAAGGCCUGAUUGGUUAUCCUGUCAUAUUUAGACAAUUUAAAGCUCAGCUGGGUGGUCCCUUUUUGUGCUAUCCUGCUUUCUUAUUUGCCAUCCAGCUAUUUAAUGCCUUUUUUUAGAAGAGCACCUGCUAUAUGCUUUUAUUUUGUCCCAUCUGGUCCAUGCGGCGUUUGUGUCAAUGAACCGAUUUAGAUUAUUUCACAGUUUUCAUAUAAUUUUGUACUUUGUGUGCAUUUGGUGCGAGAAUAUUGUGUUUUAUUGCUUAUGUCCAAUGUUACGUCGAGAGUGCAGUCCUUUUUAUUCCACUGAAUGUGCUGUCACCGUCUUCACUCAUUGACAGUUAAGAUAGCAAACCAAACUUUAGGGAAUUUUGCAAAAAUCGGUAUAGCUAGCUUUUUAUGUAUGGAUUUAUCACAAACACUUCAUGAUCACCCACAGUCUGUCAACCUGUACAAUGCUUUUUACAUGAAUGUUUACUAAGUCACGUUUCUUUCUGUCAGCCGCUGGUGUGAUGUGCAGGUUUGACAGCCGAUCUGACCUCAACAAAAUCAGUUGCUAGCUAAUUUUAAUCUGCCUAUGAUGAUUCUUGCCCUUCACCUAGAAUUAGAGGAGGAAAUGCAUACCUUCUUGCAUUAGUGUCAGUAAUGCUUUGUGAGUAAUAGGUACAAAUGGCUAAAAGAAUUUUGUGCCAAGAGUUCACACCAAAGAUUAAUAGGUGAUUUUUAACAGCAAAUUUUGACUGUAUUGUGUAAUUGAAUGCUCAUUAAGAAGAAUAGAUUCUUAAUUUAAUGUAGGACUAGUUCAUUGCUAUUUGCAAGGAAUGUACGUUUCCCAGCUUCUAACAAUCACUUGUGUAAAAUUUAAACAAUUUGCUAAGAAGACAUUAAGCAGCGGAGUCAUAAACAACAUCAUAUAUAUUAAGCCAUACAAAAGCUGACGAUAUAAAAGUUGUGCAAUAGGUAAUUGUUUAAAGCCAGUGUAAACAAAAGAGAGCAAACUUCACAAAAAGUGGCAUCUUAAACUUAGUGCCUUGCCACAAGCUUUACAUUUUAGAUUCCGGCACUUCGAUUCCUGUGCCUCUUUCAUUUUGUAAUGGAUUGAAUAGAGAGAUUAUAAUAAAGUAUGGCCACGUCAUUUAUAAUAAAGUGUUGCCAAGAACCAAUAGAAAUUAACCCUUAAGCUCGUAAUUUACUUUUCAGCUCAAGUCCUGCCCCCUCCCCCGUUUUCGCUUUUAAUCAUUUGAGUGAAUUUGGUCACGCGAUUGACGACUGACUUUAAGGUUGAACUGAUUUUGUAGCAGUUGAUUACAAUCAGACGAGGCAGACCUGUUCCCUGCGAGCCGUUGCCCCCGCGCUCAGAGACUAUACUGUAUCCCUCGUCUCUAACCGCUGAGGACAAUCUGCGCAAUGUACUGUAGUUUUUAGGCAUUUCAAUGAAGGAAGGAGAUGCAUGAGAAACACAAAUCUACUUCCUCUCUGUUCUCUCGGAGCAUCUGGCAGGGGAACAGCUGCUCGGGUAUUUAGCAGAUAAACUGAAUAUUUGUGGAGGAGAAAAAAAAAGAGAAGCUUACCCUCAUACUGUAGCUUAAUUGCACGUUGCUCAACCACGAAAUUGUAUAAAAUUGCCAAUGGAUCAUUUUUAAACUUGAGUUUUAUUGUAUUUGUGUCAUCGAUUGUGCACUUACAGUUUUUUUCGUUGAUAGUAAAUACCAUUUCCACCCAGGAAGGCUAGUUUAUCUCUGUAGUUUCCCAUAAGGGACUCUGUUAUAAUGGCCUCAAUCACUUUGGUAGGGACCUUUUUGCCCUUAAAUGGUGCUUUUAGACUAGUCCAAUGGGUUUUCUUUUUUCUUAUCCAAUGAGUAAACAAAGUCCAUGUGAUCAUCAUAAGUGAAUGGAGGGGGGGUUGUUUUAAUGCUUUUCAUGAACUCUCAGUACUUAUGUGAUAGUACACAACUGCAGAACCAACUGAACUUGACACACACUCGAAUCAACUCUUUGUCAGCUCUUAGUUCCACACCUCCUAGAGGAACGGGAGAUGCAUUAUGGGCCACAAGUAAUCAAAAGGAAGUGUUUACAGGGAAGGCUGUCAGACUACUUUUUGAAAUUGCAGCUCGUCCUAUUCUUUUUAUAAUAAACUCACUUCAGGUAGUUUACAAACACUGAUACAGGCUUAGAAAAAAAUCUUAAGUCUUCCAUAGCUUUUCUGUCAGUUUCUGUCCACUGUGUAUUAUUAAAAAAAAAAAAAAAAAAAGCAAUAACCUUUUUAAAAGCGGUGUAUUGGGAUCAUCAAGCCUAUUGAAAUAUCGCCCUGUCAUAUAUCAAACAAACUGAAUGUCAGGGAGCUGUGGAAUUGAAGUAGGACCAGGACAAUUUGAUAUUGAUUUAUUUUUUAUAUAUUUUCUGAAACUUUGGACAGGUUGACUUCCUCUUCAGAAAAAUAUAGAGAUAUAUAUAUAUAUAUAUAAAUAUAUAUAAAAAUGAAAAAGUGGUGUUGCUUUGCUGGUGUUCUAAAUGCCCAUCAAAAUCCAGUGGUAGUCAGAAAACUGCAACACAAGAACUGAGCGUGUGGUUCAGUCAUCAAACUCAGUGGCACUGUUCAGAGUUGCACCUCCAGCUGUGUCAAAUAAUGAAAGGGAUUUUGGGCUGUAUAGCCACUGUUUCGGAGCGGGCCGUCUGUUGUCAUGUUGAGGUUCAGUGGUCUCCUUCGGCUCCUCGGGCACAGAGACUGUAGCUGUAGUGGUUCAGGAUCAGAGGGGAAGUUUAUAGUUUACCUAUUGUUCCUUUUACAACUCCCUAAACUCUGCACUAUAAUGUCUCUGGCUCAGAUGUAUUUGGUGACAAGGCAAAAAAACUAACUUAGAACUCAGGGUAUAAAGUGUUAAAAGUGGUCUCAUUGGACAUACAUCCUAUAUGUCCAUAGUAUAAUUGUGUACUUCUCUUCAGGUGUCCUCAGUCAGUGGUUCCCUAACAUUCUGCCUCAAGGUCUCAAUGAGCCCAUAUUUUCCACAGAGCUGAAGCUUGAGGAGCGCCGGAGACCACGAACUGAAGCGUGGUAGCAGAAAUGCCCCAACUCCUCUUUUUGUCCACUCUACACACAACCUCACAACCCAACUGUGAACCUCAGAACUCUACUGUUUUGUACAACUAUGAAGUAAAUAAAGCUAGCUAGAGCUGAUGUUGUAUCUAUUGCCAUUUAUGAAUUUAUUUUAUAGCAUGAAAUAAAAAUAUAUUUAUUCAAAUUAUAUAUUUUACUCAUAAUCAUUCUGUGCUGCUUCAUUUUGGUUCUUAAGCUUGUAAAUUGCUUUUUUAUUAUAUAAAAAAUGUCAAUAGAAUAAUGCGUUUGUAAAAUAAAGACGCUGAUUUGGC